AUAUUUUAUAUCGAAUAAUAAGAUUGUGAAUCAGAAGUUGGAUGAAUCAUUAGUCUAGGGUUCGUUCAUAUACAAAGGCAAGCGUCCGCAGUCCGCACCGCCAAAGCCUACUCUACACUCCUCCGCUUUUCAAGGUUCUUGAUCAGCAUUCUUGGAUUCAAAUUUCCAUCACUUUUCUGUCAUGGGCGACGCGGAGAACACACUUCCACCGUCCAAAAAACGGGCUGCAGGAAGGGAACUAAACAGAGACAACCCUGGUCUUGACGACGAAGAAGAUGUUAAUGAACAAGAAGCAGGUACAUUCAAGAAAGCUAGUGAAGAGGUUUUAGCCAAUAGAAGAAUUGUAAAAGUCCGUCGAAACCGAACAUCUUCCGCCCCAGCCGCACCUCCAUCCAACCCUUUUGCGUCAAUUCAGUUAGUACCUCCCACAAACGCUACUUCCACUCCAGCUGCACCGUCAUCGAACCCCUUCGCAUCAAUUCAGUUAGUACCUCCUACAAAUACCACUUCUACCCCUGUGGCAGUUACAAAUGAGUCUCAAGAUAAUGAUAAAAAGGAAACUGUAAAGGAAGAAGAUGGCGGUAGUCAAGAAGUUGAAAGCAAAGUUAACGAGGCGGAAAACAAUGAAGUUGACAGCGAGGCGAAGAAAGUUGAAUCAGCUGACGCUGUGUCAGCAAAAGAAGAGGCUGAAAGUGAAGCCAAAAAAACCGAAAGCAGCGAUGUUAAGAAUGAUGAAGAAAAGAACACUGAAAAAGCUUCAACCGGCAAUGAUGCUGAUAAUGAAGAAGAAAAGAACACUGAAAAAGCUGCAACGGUUAACUCGUUCCAACAGCUUUCAAGCAGUCAAAAUGCUUUCACUGGAAUUGUCGGGACCGGAUUUUCGAGUUCGAGUUUCUCAUUCGGGCCGAUCACAAAAGGUGACCAGCCCAGUUUUCCGUCUUUUAGUUUUGGUACCAAUGGGAACUCGUCGCUGUUCGGGCCCGUUUCUGAUACCACUGAAGGAAGCAACGUACCUGCUAUUAAAAAAGUUGAAGUAGAGACGGGUGAAGAGAACGAAAAGGCGGUUUUCACCGCAGAUUCUGUGUUAUUCGAGUUUAUUGAUGGCGGGUGGAAAGAGCGCGGUAAAGGAGAGUUAAAAGUCAACGUUUCAACAAGCGGAAAUGAAAAAGGUAGACUCGUGAUGCGAGCUAAAGGCAAUUACAGAUUGAUAUUAAACGCUAGUCUUUUCCCCGACAUGAAACUGACAAAUAUGGAGAAAAAGGGGAUUACAUUUGCUUGUUUGAAUAGCGCCAAUGAAGGAAAAGACGGUCUCUCAACUUUUGCUUUGAAGUUCAAAGAUCCUGCUAUCGUUGAAGAGUUUCGUGCAGUUGUUACACAACACAAAGGUGUUAACACAAAUGCGAAUGCUGCUGUUCCAUCUUUGAAGACUCCGGAAAAUUCUCCUAAAGCGUCAGAUGAGUAGGGGUAAAUCGGGCAAUCGAUUGUAUGCAAGAGGUAGUCGCCAUCUCUACCUUUGAAGGCAUAUAGAACGUCAAAUAGAUCAAAUGGAUCUUUCUGGUGAACGGGUCAUCUCUCAUUAUGUAGCCGAGUUUGUCUUUUUCCUUAUCUAUUAUUUCUUUCUUAACGUAAACCUUAUAUCUUAUCGAGUCUGUUGUCAUUGGGCUUUUUGUGGAGAAUAGUAUUGUUUUGAGUCAAAUUUGCAGACAAAACUCAAAAUAUGGAGUUGAUUAAAUGAUAAUCAUUUCGGGUUGAUGAUUUG